AUGAAGGAGGAUGUUGUGUUACGUGUAAGUGAAAUCACCAAACAUUCCCUGGAAAACAUCUUACUGCAACUGAAAUGCCAUUUCACCUGGAACUUACAUGAUGAAGAAAGUUCCUUAGAUGAUCUGGAGAACAGAGUGCGUGACCAGGCACGGCUUCUAAACAAAGAAUUCAAAGCAGUCAUGUACAAUCUGUUUGCCUAUGUUAAACACCUCCGAGGCCAGAACAAGGUGGCUCUGGAAUAUUUACAGCAAGCAGAAGAGUUUAUCCUGCAUGGACAGGCCCGCCAAGGCAAAAUCUGAAGUCUGGUCACCUGGGGAAACUACGCCUGGGUCUAUUAUCACAUGGGCAGGCUUCCAGAAGCACAGGCUUACGUUGACAAGGUAGGACAUCUUUGCAAGAAGUUUGCAAGCUCCUACAGAAUUGAAUGCCCCGAGAUUGACUGUGAAAAGGGAUGGGCGCCCGGACGGGCACUUUUAAAAUGGGGAGAAAAGUAUUAUGAACGGGCUAAGGAGUGUUUUGAGAAAGCUUUGCAAAAGAAACCCACCAAUCCAGAAUUCUCCCUGGGACUGGCCAUCACACUCUACCGUCUGGGUGACAAAGCACCAACAGAGAACACCAUUUGCCUGCUGAGGCGGGCCAUCCGACUGAAUCCUGACAACCAGUAUAUUCACGUUCUCCUGGCUCUGACUCUCCAAAAGACCUAGAAACAAGCUGAAGGAGAUAAGCUAGUCGAAGAGGCCUUAAAGAAAAUGCUGUGCCCAACGGACGUCCUCUGCAGUGUGGCCAAAUAUUACCGAAAUAAAGGUACUCUGGACACGGCUAUCGAAUUACAAAAGGCUUUAGAAUCGGUACGGAACAACGUCUAUCAACAUCUGCAGAUCGGAUGCUGCUACAGAGCAAAAAUCCGGCAAAUACAGAGGUCAAGGAGGUACGCCACGAAGGAGAAUGAAGAAGAGCUGCAGGAGAUGACGAGACACGUGGUGGAUCACUUUAAGAGAGUUGUCGAGUUGAAAAUUAACCUUCCCCACGCCUGCUCCGACCUUGCCUGCCUCUAUGCCAUCAUGGGCCAGUAUGAUAAGGUGGAGUAUUACUUCCAGAAAGAAUUCAGUAAGGAUCUGCCUCCAGCAGAGAGACAAGUCCUCCACCUGCGCUACGGAAACUUCCAGCAGUACCAGCAGCUGUGUGACGACACCGCCAUCCGUCACUACCUGCAGGGCUUGAACAUCAAUGGGACAGUGACGGAGAAGGAAAAGCUGAUCGUCAACCUAAGAAAAAUUGCCCACAAGCGACUCUCUGAAAACGCCUUCGAUGCUGUGGGUUGGCAACUCUCCAGGUUCAUUCGCGAGCUGAAUAGAAAGGGGCACCCGUGGGACAGUCCACCCCCAGAGGCCGCCCUGCGGGCUGAGAAGGGCAGUGAGGAAAUGACGGAGGGCGCGGGUGGGGCGGAAGGCCCUAGAGAGAGCCUGUAA